CUAAAACCCGCCCUCCGCAGCUCGCUCCUGCUCCUCAAGUCCUCCUCAUCCCGUGCUGUCCAAGGGACGAAACCGGAGACGGCAACGCCACAGGCCACAGCAGCCCACCGCACCACAGCCAAGCGAGCAGCUUAGGAACCCACGCGCCGCCGAGCCCUUGUUGCCCCGCUGGGCGUGCGGCGGUUCGUUAGUGGCGGGAUUUUCCUUCCAUUUUUCCGGCCGCCGUCUUGGGCAUAUCCCGGCCUCCCGGCGGCGUGCCGCCAGCACCCCGAGUAGUAAGUAGGAGGCAACCCCCCCCCCCCCCCGCGAUUUAAGCCCAAUUCGUGGGGGGUCGAGGCAUUCCGAUUGCCACGCCGCCUGCUCCGCCCAAAUCUGCCUGCAUCCUCGCCGCAGACAGCUUCCUGCGAUCGCCUUCUGAUCUCUCCUACCGCGUGGUGCGAGGAGGAUGGGGGAGGGGGCGAAGGCGAUGCUGGCGAAGCCGAUCCAGCUCGCGGACCAGGUGGCGCAGCAGGCGGGGUACCAGUGCCUUCGGACGGACUGCACGGAGCUGCGGGCCCGCGCCAAGAGCCUCGGCGACCUCCUGCGGCAGGCGGCGCGGGCCGACCUGUACGAGCGCCCCGCCGCGCGCGUCAUGGCCGACACCGAGCGGGCGCUCGCCAAGGCCGCGGGCAUGGCCGCCCGCUGCUUCCAGAGCCACUCCCGCCUCCGCCGCUUCUUCACGCUCAACCCGGUGUCGGGCCUCCCGCGCACCAUCGCCAUGCUCGACACCGCGCUCGAGGACAUCGACUGGCUCAUCCGCAUCUCGUCCCCGCAGGCCGACGACGACGGCGACCUCCGGGGGCUCCCCAACAUCGCGCAGAACGAGCCCGUGCUCGCCAUGAUCUGGGACAACAUCGCGCGGCUCCACACCGGCGGGCUCGCCGCGCGGGCCGACUCCGCCGCCACGCUCGCCUCCCUCGCCCGCGACAACCCCCACUACGCCAAGUACAUCAUCGAGGAGGACGGCGUCCCGCCCCUCGUCAAGCUGCUCAAGGAAGGCACCGACGACGGCCAGGAGGCCGCCGCCACGGCGCUCGGCCUUCUCUGCCGCGACGAGGAGAGCGUCGAGAAGCUUCUCCACACCGGGGUCUGCUCCGUCUUCGCCGCCGCGCUCAAGGAGCCGCCGAUGCGCGUGCAGGCCGCGGUCGCCGACGCCAUCGCGUCGCUCGCGCAGCACAGCCACAAAUGCCAGGAGCUGUUCGCGCAGAACUACGCCGUCCGGCACCUCGUCAGCCACCUCGCCGCCGGAACCAUCCAGGAGCACAGCAAGUACUCUGUCGGAGGCUACGGCGCAAGGAACACCCCUACCGCGGCGGUGGCCAUGACAUCGCUUGACAAGCUCCACUCCGUUGUGCUUGCCAAAUCGCUCAGCGUGCGACAAGGCGGGCCUGCUUCCUCCACAAAUGAGCCGCCGAACCCGUCGGAAGCUUCGAAUGGCCAGCAGCAGCGAGGAAGAUCGAACCAGAUGCAAUCGGUGGUGAAAUCCGCGAUAGCUGCCAAGACGACGACAAACGUUGUCGCGCCUCCACCUGGUAGGCCUCAGCUGAACUCCAACGGUUCGAGCGGUCGCGGAUCACGCGAGGCCGAGGACCCGGCCACCAAGGCGCACAUGAAGGCCAUGGCGGCGAAGGCUCUGUGGAUGCUUGCGCGCGGACAUGUGGGAGUCUGCACCAGCAUCACAGAGUCCCGCGCGCUCCUCUGCUUCGCCCGGAUCCUCGAGAACGGCGAUGGCGGCGCGGGCACGCACCUGCAGUUCUACUCGGCCAUGGCGCUCAUGGAGAUCACCUGUGUCGCCGAACACAACCUCGCGCUGCGGCAGUCCGCGUUCAAGCCCAGUUCCCCGGCAGCCAAGUCCGUCGUUGAGCAGCUCCUCCGCAUCGUGAGCAAGGGAGACGACGACGACCUGCUGCGCCCGUGCGUCACUGCCCUGGGCUGCUUGUCCCGCACGUUCACCGCGAGCGAGACCCGCGUGAUCGGCCCGCUGGUGCAGCUGCUCGACGACCGCGAGAUUCCGGUCACCAAGGAGGCCGUGGUCGCGCUCACCAAGUUCGCCUGCACCGAGAACCACCUCCACGUUAACCAUUGCAAGGCCAUCGUGGACGCCGGCGGGGCGCGGCACCUCGUCCAGCUCGUCUACCUCGGAGACCACCUCCAGGUCGAGGCGCUCAUACUGCUCUGCUACAUUGCGCUGCACGUCCCGGAGAGCGAAGAGCUCGCGCAGGCCGGGGUGCUCGCCGUGCUCCUGUGGGCCUCGAAGCAGGCGCACAUGGCGCAGGACCUGCGCGUUGAGGCCCUGCUGCCGAACGCCAAGGCUCGGUUGGAUCUCUUCCAGUCCAGGGCUUCCAGGUGAUGGUUGCAGCAAGCACCGGUGGGGAUGAGUCUGUUCAUCUUGCAUCACAGAACCAGAUUAAGAUUAGAUUUGUGUGUACUAUUCUUUGUUAGUUUCAAGUUCCUAUUGUUAGAGUGUACAUAUCGCGGUUCUUCUGUCUCAAGAAAAUGUUGGUUGAAUUGGAAUUAAUAGCUCAAUCCUAAGGAAUUCGUGGCGAUCAUUUCUGUACAUGUAAAGUCCAAAUGAAAAUAGAAGAUCUGUUCAUACAAUUGGUUGUC